CGAUCGGACAGCAAUCCCGGGCAGCUUCUAUGCAAAGGUCGGUCAUAUCGAUCGCCCAGCGAUCCAGCUCCAGCAGUGGUAUAUGACCGUUCAAGGCCAGUUGGUAGAGAGUAGGUCCGUCAGCGCAGUAAAGUGUAACAUUGUCCGCGAACGCGUAGGUGAUGUGUCGCGUCGAAUGGUCAAGACGUCGAGGUUUGGGAAAGCGUUCAUUAGCUCUGACGUCAAUAUGGUGAAAGAACUAACGAGAGACGGAUUGAGGACCUUCAGAGAAGGGAAUAUGGUGUCUUGGAGACUUGUGACCCUGGCAAGGGAUACAUGCAUCUCGACAAGUGUGCUUGCCAGGGAUGGCACCUGUAGGUCUGAUAGAUUCAAUCUCUGCGGUGAAUGAGGAGAUGCAUGGAGUUCAAGGUAGAUCGGGGGAGCUGAGAAUUGAGAGAGAAUCGAUACAAAUUUGGGAUGUAAUUCGUGAAGGGAAAAUCGACGCAGAUCCCGCAUGCAUUCGAAACUGCGGACGUUUCCGACGUGAUUGGACACAGCAAGAAAUUGAGAACUGUGGU